AUGAACCGGUACACUCAUCGCAUGCCGAUUAGAGACAAUGUGAAUGCCCUAUCACUGGACGCAGUCGGCUGCACAGCAAUCCCUCGUAGACGCGACGAUGUGCUGCUGCGCUCUGCCAGUGGCCGGAUCGAACUGCAGAAACAGCCAUGCUUCUCUGGCGAUGGCGAAUAUGAACCAGCUAGUCUCGUCACCCUGCCAGCUCUCCGACAAACCCUCGAUGUCAACCAGGCCGCCCGCAGAAGACGGACACUGGAAAUGCAAAAGAAACGCUUGGCACAUUCGCGAAACCCUUAUCUCUCCUAG